CGAAGCGAGCGCCGUCAGCCGCCAAUGUUGUUUUCGCUGAGUUGAGCGGCUGGUGUUGUUGGCGGUGCCGGCGCCAUAUUGGAAGGGACGAGGCGGUGUUUUUUUUUUCGAAACCACCCAUCCCCCCCUCCCUUCUCCUCGCUCGUUGCAGGGACAACGGAGCCCCGCCGAGCGCGGGCCUCGCCGCCGCCAUGCUGUACCUGGAGGACUACCUCGAGAUGAUCGAACAACUUCCCAUGGAUCUCCGCGACAGGUUUACAGAGAUGCGCGAGAUGGAUCUGCAGGUGCAGAAUGCAAUGGAUCAACUGGAGCAAAGAGUAAAUGAAUUUUUUAUGAAUGCAAAGAAAAACAAACCGGAAUGGAGGGAAGAACAAAUGACUUCAAUUAAAAAGGAUUAUUAUAAAGCCCUGGAAGAUGCUGAUGAAAAAGUACAGUUGGCCAAUCAAAUUUAUGAGUUAGUAGAUCGUCAUUUAAGAAAAUUAGACCAGGAAUUAGCCAAAUUUAAAAUGGAACUUGAGGCAGAUAAUGCUGGGAUUACAGAAAUAUUGGAGAGGCGUUCUUUGGAACUGGAUACACCGUCACAACCACUGAAUAAUCAUCAUGCUCAUUCACACACGCCGGUAGAGAAAAGGAAGCAUAAUCCCUCAUCUCACCAUGCAACAGCAGAUCACGUCCCUGAAAAGAAGUUUAAGUCUGAAGCCCUUCUAUCAACUCUCACUUCAGAUGCCUCUAAAGAAAAUGCAGCAGGGUGUCGAAACAGUAAUUCAUCAUCCUCAUCCAACAGUGCAUAUAAUGCAAAUUCCUCUCAGCCAUUGGCAUCGUAUAACCUGGGCUCAUUAUCUUCAGGAGCUGGAGCUGGUGCUAUUACCAUGGCAGCAGCUCAGGCCGUGCAAGCCACAGCACAGAUGAAGGAAGGAAGGAGAACGUCUAGCCUAAAAGCGAGUUAUGAAGCCUUUAAGAACAAUGACUUCCAACUUGGAAGAGAAUUUUCAUUAUCCAGGGAUGCAGCUGGGUAUUCGUCAUCUGCUUUGGCAUCUACAUUGUCGCAGACAUUGAGUUCUUCAACCACAGAUUCUCGGAGUGGCCGAAAAAGCAAAAACAAUAACAAAUCUUCAAGUCAGCAGUCUUCAUCAUCUUCCUCGUCUUCCUCUUUGUCGUCAUGUUCCUCAUCCUCUGCUCUAGCACAGGAACUCUCUCAGCAAACGGCAGUAAUACCUGAGUCUGAUACUAAUAACCAGGUUGAUUGGACAUAUGAUCCUAACGAGCCACGCUACUGUAUUUGCAAUCAGGUUUCCUAUGGUGAAAUGGUGGGCUGUGAUAACCAAGAUUGUCCUAUCGAGUGGUUCCAUUAUGGCUGUGUUGGAUUGACAGAGGCUCCCAAGGGGAAAUGGUACUGUCCACAAUGUACAGCUGCGAUGAAGAGGAGAGGCAAUAGGCAUAAAUAAACGUCCCGUC